AUGGGGUCGAAGCGCGCCUCUCUUGCCGGCCUCCUGCUGCUCGCCCUUGCCCUCAUCAUUUGCGCAGUUCAGAUGGUGAAGGCAGCGUAUGGAGAUGACACGGUGAAACGCAUGGCACGCCGUAGCCUGCUGAAUUCCGUGUAUGGCGACCAACCAGAACCACCAGCGACUGCAUAUGGGGACCAGACAGAACCACCAGCGACCACAGAGACCACCACCACUGGCAGCACCACCGGCACCACCACCACUGACAGCACCACCAGCAGCGCCACCAGUGGCAACAUCACCACCAGCAGCGCCACCAGUGGCAACAUCACCACUGGCAGCACCAGUGGAAACAGCACCACCAGCAGCGCCACCAGUGAUCCUGCCUGUGCGGCGUUGGGCUGUGAGCCGGGUGGCAAAUGUGAGGUGGAUGGAAACGGAGAGCGCUACUGCAAGUGGGACUCACCCUGUGGCGCCUGUCCCACUGGAGCCACCUGCAAGACCGUGCCUCUAGAAAGAAACGUCUCGGUGCAGGUGCCUUACUGCGAGUGCCCUGCAGGCUAUGGGAUGACCGCCACUGAAUGUGUUGCGGGAGGAAACUCCACAGUUGGUUGGGACAGCAUCACACUCAUCGCAAAUCCAGCAGCCAAGGACAAUACCUCCCGGCCCUACACCCUCCGCCUGAACCCGAAUGGCUGCACGCAGUUCCCAACUCUAAUGACUGGAAAAGCGGCCUAUUAUUUUGUUUACAUGAUCGGCACCAGCGGCCGUAUGAAUUGCCGGAUUUACAACCAUUACAAUAUGAACAACUGUGAAGGCAAACUUAUUGUAGUCUCUUCCGGGCUCGGCACCGGAAAACCGUAUUGGCCAGACGCUGCGCU